CAACCCCAAAGGUCACUCAUAAUGAGCUGAGCCUGCUACCGUCCAUGCCGGCAGAGGACGAGAUGGUCUUAUUAGCGGCAGAUGAGGCGUCAUGGCCCAUUUCCUCGCCGCCGCCGGCGUGGUUCGCCGCCCUGGUCGCCAUCGGCCUCUACAUCGUCGUGCGGUCCGCCGCCACCUUCCUCCUCUGGCUCCACCGCGCGUUCCUGCGGCCGGGCAGGGACCUGGCGGGGUGGUACGGGACGUGGGCGGUGGUGACCGGCGCCACGGACGGCAUCGGCCGCGCGGUGGCGCUGGAGCUGGCGCGCGCGGGGCUCCACCUCGUGCUCGUGGGGCGGAGCCCGGACAAGCUGGCGCGGGUGGCGAAGGAGGUCCUGGCCGCCGCGCCGCCGUCGUGCAAGGUGCGGACCGUGGAGUUCGACCUCGCCGUGACCGGGGACGACGACGCGCGGCGCGGGGUGGCGCGGGUGGUGGCCGCCGUGGAGGGCCGCGACGUGGGCGUCCUCGUCAACAACGCCGGCGCCACGUACCCGUGCGCCGCCUACUUCCACGAGGUGGAGCGCCCCGUGUGGGAGGCCGUCCUGCGGGUGAACGUCGAGGCCGCGACGCGGAUCACGCGCGCCCUGCUGCCGAUGAUGGCGGCCAAGGGGAGGGGCGCCGUCGUCAACGUGGGCUCCGGCUCCAGCGUCGUCGUGCCGGCGUUCCCGCUCUACGCCGUCUACGCGGCGAGCAAAGCGUACGUUGAUCAAUUUUCUCGAAGCCUGAGUGUCGAAUACAAACAAUAUGGUGUAGACGUGCAAUGCCAGAUCCCCCUGUAUGUGGCUACCAAGAUGUCGCCUGUGAAGGGUGCUUCUCCGUUCAUACCAUCGCCUGAGGAGUACGCCAGAGCAGCUCUUCGCUGCAUCGGCUACGAGGCGAGGUGCGUCCCGUACUGGCGCCACUCGGUCCAGUGGUUCUUGGCAUCCCUAAUGCCAGAUGCGGUUCUGAAUCACUGGCGCCUCCAAACUGGCAUCCGGAAACGAAACGAGAUGAAGGCUCUGCUCGGAGAAAAAGCCUGCGGUUAAAAUUGUUGUGCAGAUCGAGAGGAAAUGGAGUGAUGUGCGUUUAAAAACUGUGCUCUGUUUGGAAUCAAUCCUAGCUAGUAAAAAAACCCAAUAAUUAGAGUGUAGUCUUGCAAACAGUACAUUCAGUCUAGUGGUCUACGUAGAACCAUACUACUAGUGUGUGAUUUGUUGAGUGGAAACUGGAAACAUACCGUCUUGAAGUAUUCGUUGUUUAUCUGAAAUGCAAAUAUUGCUACAUUGUCAGCAGUACGACACAAGCAGAACGUGAGUCAUCGGGCGAGGGACAAGAUGCAGCGACUGAAGAAUCAAGCGUGACGCGUCCAAGAAAAGGGGCUCGAGCCAGGCGGCCAAAUGUUCUCGUCAGUGGACCCGAAUGGGCUUGAGCCAGCGACUAAACGCAGCUGCGCCUGCGGGCUCAAGUCUGGACGCUGCCCAUGUAUAAAACGGAGUCUGUGAAACCCGAGGGGGGCAUCAAACAAGAACAAACCAAACCAGUAUUAAGAUUCCUAUUACCGUUA